AUGGGCUCCGUGCCAGUGAACAAAAUCACCGAUCAUUAUGAGCUAACGUGUGGAAUUUGUAAGGAGACGUACAAGAAUCCAAAGGUCUUGCCAUGUCUUCACUCAUUCUGCCAGAACUGUCUGGAUUCUAAUAUAAGGUAGUUUUUAUUAUUUUCUGCUUAAAAGCCGUUUUCAUUCAAAUUCCUGUUUAACUUAAGGAGAAGGAGGAAUAAUUUUCGAACAAAAAACGAUUAUAGUGUCUUACAGCUGUAUCAUAUAUGUAUUGUAUAUUUUGUAACAGUGAUUUUCUAUGUGAACGUAAAUUCUCACUUUAAUAUUUCAAACGCUUUUAAAAUACCUUAACUUUGGAUUAUUCCUCUCCAGGAAAAAAGUUUAUCAUAGAAAAUUACGAUCCAUUGGUGUUAAUUCUUACGAAAAGAAAGUUUGGGAUCAAUGGUUGUUUUGAAUUUUUAAAGAUUUAAACAGUUCAGUGAUUUUUUUACGGGUACCUGAGGGAUCACAGCUUACGGUAUGUGCACACUAGAUUUAAAGGUAGUUUGCCUAUAGAGUGAACAAAACAAAAGUAUAGAAAAUGUCAAUUUUCAUAAGAACUACUAUUGAAUUUGCACUGAAAAAUUUUUCGUUUCGAGCAAAACGGGGUAUGAGCAAAUUGGUGACCUAUCACCAAAUUCACUGAUACUCUUCUCGUUAGUUACAAGUAGGUCUUGUCAAGGGGUUAAGAAAGGACUACCACAAUACUUUCAAGGCAAAAGUAGCUAUCAAAAUCUGCAUAGUCAUAAUAUAUAACCCAGAUAAAAUAAAAAACAGGCGUUAUAUUUUCAUUUUAAUCCUCUUUUGCUAAUACUCGCAAGGCGCGUUAUCUGGCGCCAAAAGCGUCAAUUGGCACACGCAAGAGCUCGACUCUCUCACCCAUCGCUCACGCAGUCGAUUUGUGGCAAGUCUAGGCACAAGCCUAACACGUCCACACGAACGAGGAAGUAGUGCGGAGUAGUCUGUGAUCAUUCGUAUAUCUACGAACAACCGCAGUUGAAAUAAUUGCUUUACUCAAGUACUACCGAGCGUUUAGAGCGCUGGACUUGUAAUCCGGAGACCCAGAGUUCAAGUUCCUCCUAAACCGCUAGCUUGAUUUGCUUUCGGUAGUCACGAGUUUAAAUCCUCGGGGACGCUUUGAAAACAGCCAACUGGUUCGCCUCCUACCGGUUGGGAUUUUUAACCAUGUUAUGUUCUAUUUAAAUUAUUCUUUUCAUUAUCCCUGAAAAGCCACAUAAGGGGAGAGGAUGAUUAAAGAAUAAUAAUUGUUGUUAUUGUUACUAUUAUUAUUAUUCCUUAUUAUUAUUAUUAUUAUUAUUAUUAUUAUUAAUUAUUAAGUUCAUCAAAUCUCUGGAAUUUUAUCAGCGGUCAAUUAUUUCUCAGACAGUAGGACACCUUUGCAAUGGCUUAGUCUUAACUGUUCUUCUUAGAAAAGUGUUCGCCUUGUGGAAAGUGAAAGAAAAUGACUGUUGAACGAAGGCACCCAUUUCAAUCCGAGAGUUGUCCGUCAAAGCAGAGUAGGGCAAACAAAUAUGAUUCAGUAAGAUUACUUUCAUGUACAUUUAAUGUGCAUCACUUAGUUUAUGUUAGAUGUGGUCAUGAUUAACAUGAAAUGAUUUCUAUGUCUGUCAAUCCUAUGCAGAUCUCAAGAUCGGACUCUCGAGUGCUCAAUAUGCCAGCUUCUCGUCCCAGUUCCCGCCAAAGGAAUCGAGGCGUUUCCGCUCAACUUCUUCAUCAACAAUAUGCUGACCGUGCUAGCGGUUCAGAAUCCUACUAAGUGUACCAACUGCGAAGAUAGCUCCCAGGCCACAGCGCGCUGCCUGGACUGUGUGGAAAACCUCUGUACAAACUGCGUGUUUGCUCACAAGAGAAUUCGACAAACGAUAGACCACAGGAUUUUAUCAUUCGACGAGAUUCAGGCCAAUGAAGUUAAGGAUAUCAUUCGGUGUCCAUCAUUUUGCUCGGUACAUCCUCGAGAGGUUCGUCAUCAAUUCUUUAUUCGAGAGCCUAAGCAACAGCGACGGCGACGGCUACGAAAACGUCACUUAAAAAGUGAAGUCUCGCUGCUUCAAACUUGAUCGCGCUUAUUCCAUUUCGUUCAAUUUAUCAAAUGUUGGCAAUUUUCUCUGGAGUUAAAUUCUAAAAGACUGUAUCGAAGUUGAGGAAAAGAAAAAGAAAUCCUUUGUCUGGUGUUGCAGAAAACACGUCGUAGUCAUGCAGUGACUGCAAAGAAAUGUACAAAAAAAGUGUGAUGCACGUGCAGAGCUGUUGUUUUGCCAAUCCUGAAACCUAUUGCUUUUUUGCCGUUCUUGAUGCCGUCGCCGUCGUCGUUGCUUAAGCUCCCUAAUCUUGUACUGAGGGCACCCCUCUCAAUUUCUAAGGGAAAAACCCUGGGGACCAGUUUGAAAGACACACUGUUCAAGACACUAAAUAGUGAAAUUGUUUAACCUGUGUAAGACUCAAGACCCUGAAAACCAAACCCUGUUCGGCGGAUCUUACCCUUCUAGGCCAAAUAAGGUAGUGCCCCCCCGCCCCCCCGGGGGGCAAUGCUUGCACCUGUACAUGGUAUUUGACACCUUUCUUGUAUUUGAUUGGCUUCUCAGGUUCUGAAAUAUUUCUGUGAGACAUGCGACGAAGCCAUUUGUCGCGACUGUGCCAUUUACGAACACAGAGAACACAUGUAUGUAGAUCUAAGGGAAGCUGUGAAGAAAUAUCGGUCCACAAUCGCAGCUCUGCAAGACAAGACAAAGCGCAAGAUUCCAGUGUUGCGGGCGGCUGUUGAGGAAGUGCAUGACGUGACACGUGAUCUUAGGGAAAGAGUGGAGGUUGUGAGGAAUACCAUUCGUAACACAAUCCAAAAUCACAUUCGAGAACUUGAGAAACAAGAAAGAGAGCUGAUUGAUCAAUUGGAGAGCAUAUCAGACUCCAAGGAAGAGGUAAAGUGAUAGGACGUCGUUUGACUCAUAGUGGCUGACAUGAGAAUUGUUUAAACGGUUUUUACCACUGCAACGAUCAGAUCUUCAUUUAAUUUCGUAUUUUUGCCGUACGCAUCAUCUUCAUUUCAUGUUUCACCCUUUUCACGGGUUAAAAUGAACUCAGCAAAUGGUCCGGCCCUCUCCCAAGGUGUGGGCCUUCAUAGCUCGGUUUUCGGUAGAGCAAUGCAGUGCUAACGCAGAUGCUAUGGGGUCCAAUCUCGUUGAAGCCUCGGGUUAAUUAAUCUGCAAUUUCUAUUAAACUGCGACGAUAAUAUCUUCAUUUAAAUUUGUAUUUUGGCAGUUCAAAUCAUCCUCAUUUCAUGAUCUUGUUUCUGAAGUAAAAAACAUUGCUUCAAAUUACCUCGUUUCAUCAAGCGUGUACAAUAAAUACUAGCAACGCACAAUGCUGUGGAUAUCCUAGGCUCAGCCUCCAGCCUUGCGUGUCUCGAUGCGCCCGCGGUACUCCCCACCAGGGUCGGGUCGGUCAGGGUCGGGUGGGGAGUACCGCGGGCGCAUCGAGACACCCAAGGCUGGAGACUGAGCCUAGGGAUAACCCUAAUAGCGUCCUUUUUAGAUCUAUGGGGUGUGGGGUAAAACAUUUCCUUGUUUAAUACAUUUUGCCAAAGAACCACUUUACGUUUAGGCGUUUAAUAACACCUUUAAAUUGCCGCAUAUGCGAGUUAACGUUAUAUUCAGUGAAUAACAGAAGGCGUACAAUAAGAGUACUCAAACACACAACACGGUACUCCUUAUUUAGAAAAUCUUCAAACAAAAAUCAAGUGGGUAAAGUGCUGCAGCGAGUCAGCAAGUAACUGCAAGCCAAUACUAAAACCCAAACUUUCUAUGAUUUUUAGGUUUUAACAAGUCAACAGAAAAUACUGGAACUGGACCUUUCAAACCUGCUUAGCAGCUGUGAAUUCACUGAAAAUGUACUAAGGUACGGAAAUGAGGCUGAGAUUAUGCUGGUGAAGCCGCAGAUGGUCAGCAGACUUCAGAACCUGAAUAAUCACGAAUCACAAUGUGAACCUGAGGAUAACGAGGUACUGCGCAUGACCCUAACUUAAUCAGUCCAGCAACUAAAAAAACGAGGCAGAUAUUAUUAGAAGAUAAAAAAAGAAUAGGGGAAAAUCAGUGUAAAUUCCAAAUUUAAAGAUAAUAUAGUUGAAAACAUUUCCUUGAUAACCUCUAAACUUAAUGUUUCGUUACUUUGAAACAUUUAUAUCUUUAAGAUGCAAAGAAAAAUGUUUGAAAUAGAACUGGGAAGCUGUCAUCCUUACUUAUAAAAGGCGACAAAGAGAAGGGGACUAACUGGAGUUUAAUUGGCAAAACGCGUGCUGAAAAUUCUGUGCGCGUGAUCUGAGAAUCUAUUUUUGCGAGUGCUAUAGACCAUGACACUGAUUUUAUAGAAUUUUGACUUGGGGAACAAGAACGUAAAGUGUUUUUUACCUUUGAUACAGAAAGGAAGCCAAUAUAAUAUGUGUUGAACCCAUUCUUUCGUCCUCAGGUCAUCGAGUUCUCAUCUAAUGAUGAGGAGCUUUCCAAAGUCGUAGCUAAACUUGGGACGGUAUCCACUAGUUACCUGUUCCCUAUGCUGACAUGCGCAGAGGGUCCUGGUUUGUCUAAGGGCAAGGUUGGACACAAGUCAACUUUCAAGAUUACAGCAAAAGACAGAAACGGAGAGCCUUGUGUGACUGGUAUGUGAUAAAAAAAGAAAAGAAAUCUUACUAUCAAAUGAAAACACGUUAAGGCUACUUAGGAAAUUAUUCUCACGGCGUUUACAGAGAAUUCAUUUCCUCUAGUCAAGAGAAGAUGCCUCCUAACUUGCUUAAGGUGUGCGCGCAGUGUGCCGCUUCACACACCCGUUUCCACUCUGGGUAAUGAAGCAAUUCUCCAAAUUAUUCCCUCACAAAUUAUUCCCAGUACGCUCACAGAGAAUUCAUUUCCUCUAGUCAAGAGGAGAAGUCUCCUUUCUUGCUCAAGGCGUGCGCCUUCACACACCCGGUUCUACCCUGGGUAAUGAUGCAAUUCUCUAGUUCAAAUAACUCCUACUUUAAGAGUGAUAGUCCUACUUAAGAAUGGUAGUCAUCGCCACUUUGCGCCUCGAAGAUUCACUUUAUUCGCCACUUUAGAAACGAGAAGGAGACUGGUUCGAGUUAACGUUCGUAAAGACUUCUGGGACUGUUAUUCGGGACAGUUAAAAAAAUUGACGGGCGAGUCCCCAGUGCGUAACGAUUCCAGAAACAAUCGCGGGACACAUUUCGGCCCAAGUCCAUUCUCGUUUCUUAAGUGGCAAAAUGCCUCACGUAACUAAGUUAUUUGAUUUUAAUUAACCUUGUUACUGAUCCAAAUGCAUUUUUCUUUUGUAGGUGGAGACUUACUGUCAGUCAAACUUCAUUGUCCAAACGGUUCACCAAUCACAGCCGUUGUAGAAGACAACAGUGAUGGCACUUACACGGCUUCCUUUACCCCAGUCUCCAAGGGAGAACACCAGAUCACCGUACAUGCGCGAGGAAAAUCCAUUCAAGGCAGUCCAUUUGACCUUCAGGUUUGUCUUGUGUUGGGUUUUGUUCUAUUAGCUUCCCAAUUUUAGCUGAGAUUUUUAUCGUAUAACGUUUUAGUACUGAUUACUUGACGUAUUGUCCAGGGCAACGUAAUUAAGGUCAAAAUAGUCAAUUCACUUCGGUGACAUAUCCGAGGCGAUGCUUGGACCACGUGACCCGAAACGCUUUGGCCGCGCGGAGUAAUGAGACCUAAGUACUAGGCAAGAUGCAGGCUAUGUCCACACCGAUUGGACGAAUUUUCGACCGGCUGAAAAACUGGACCAGAAACUUCGUUCACACGGGACCACGCACAAUAUUUUUGCUCUGUUCACACGGAACUUUGAACGGCUAAGCGUAUAAAUUUUGUACUCCUGUGGCUCCGUGGGAACAGAACAACUAAACGCACGAAUUUUCAACUGGUCGAUGCUAUGUGAACGUAGUUAUUCCAUACACGUUUAUUCAGCUAAUCGCAAUAAGCUAUAAAGAGAUAUAUAAGUCACUCUCGUGUUUUUUUAUCUAAAUGUUUCUUAGGACUAAAUUUUUAGCGUCAUAAGCCUAGUGUUUGUUUUCCCUCCUGAAUAUGUUUUAUGUGAUUUUAUCGCGUCAAGGGAGCUCAAAAUCACAUAGUCUUAAGAUACAGGUUUUCUCCUUUUGUUUUCUUAUAGUGGCAGUACCUUUCUGUUUUCACAGGUUACUUCAGGUAUAGACUGUACCAAAAUUGGACCAGUGUUGCUAAGGUUUACUCCCAACAGCGAUAACAGCAAUGACGAGUCUUACGAGCCUUGGGGAGUUGCCGCUGAUCCUAAAGGGCUGUAUGUCGUCUCAGACCAUCAUAAUCAUCACAUUCAGGUGACAAUUUAGUCUGACAUGUCAUCCGUCCCUCCCCCCCCCCCACCCCCAACGAGCGCCCGUUGGGGGGGGGGGGGUGGGGCAAAGAGACGAGUGACAUUUCAGACUAGUGAGAAUUCCCCACUUCUGAAACUCUAGGGAGAAUAGGUCCAGGCUUUGGGUACAGUGGUUUCUGGGAUUGUUUGGGUGGGCAAGCGUUAGUUAGGAUUGGACGAUGGUAAUCAAGGCAACCAUUAACCAAUUAAAAGUAACGUUUGUCCACCAAGAUCCCAGAAAUCUUUGCACCGAAAGCUUGUACCCAUUCUCCUUAUAGUUUCCGGGGUUGGCAAUUAAAUAAGUUUAGUAUAAAACCAAAUCUCGCAUUCUGAUUGGUUAAAGAGGCGUAAGUAUUUGUGUAAAAUUUUAUACUUGAAAAGCCGGGUACUGAAGGUUGAAAGCUGGUAAGCUUGACAUGUAUUAAAACUGCGAAAGGUUUGAAUCCAGAAGUCAUUUCAUAAAUAGGUUGAGUAUGAUCUUCCGAAUGAACGUAGUCUAGAAUAUGACUGUUGUUGUUUACAGUGACUGACGUUUCGACAACCUGCGCGGUAGUCAUCUUCAGAGUCAAAGAGAGUACUAUCACGUCAGUUGAUGGUAUUAAACUCUGGUUAUUGACUUGAUUGGUAAAUUAAGUCGCGAUGUUAUUGGUCGUCUGUCAGUUAAGCCGUGAUGUUAUUGGCCAAGAAGACUCGUAAUGUCAUUGGUGCGUUUCAAUCCGUCAAUUGUCAUAGUCAAACAGUCGUUUAUUCCUAUUUUACUGCGAAUAAAGAUAGAGAACAAAAAAAUAAUUCUAACUUCUUUUUACCUAAGAUUUUUGACACCAAUGGACGCCUUUUGCACCAGUUCGGCACGCGGGGAAAAGCAGAUGGGCAGAUCUGGUACCCAGCUGGAGUGUGCAUGAGUGAAAGCGGACAUAUUUUUGUGGCAGAUCACGGCAACCAUAGAAUUCAAGUAAGCGGAUGCUUUACUGAGUAGAAACCCUUAAAAGUAGAAUCAAUAUACAAUUUGUCCAAUUUUAGUUGAGAAACAGAUGACACCUAGCUAAUUAUUUUAAUUUAUACCAAUCACACUACCCAUUUAAUAGUACUUAAUCUUCCUUGUCUUGAUCUGUUGAGUUAUUUGACCCCACAGGUUUUUACAAACGAUGGCCAGUUCGUAAGAAAGUUUGGCUCUAAAGGUACCGGUCUCGGCCAGCUUAAAGGUCCCUGUGGUCUCGCCUUGGAUUCAAAUGGUCGGGUUAUAGUCGCCGAACGCGACAAUCACCGAAUUCACAUCUUUGACUCCGAAGGCCAAGCGAUUAUGCAUUUCGGCGUGUACGGAGAUGGCAAAGGCAAAUUCAAUUGCCCACGACAUAUCGCCGUCGAUCAAAACGACGACAUUUUUGUGUCGGAUGCUGGAAAUUUCCGAGUACAAAAGUUCAACAGUGAAGGAGAGUUUCUUGCCAAAUUUGGAGAGAAGGGAAGUAACAAUGGCCAACUUAGCUGCCCAGCAGGCAUUGCGAUAGAUUCCGAGGGGCACAUUGCUGUCGCGGACUUGAAGAACCUUGACGUUCAGAUCCUUGAUUCAGAUGGGGUGUUUAUCAAGAAGCUUGGUGACACAGAGACUAAAAAUGGCGGUGUCUUUGGCAAGCCGACUGGCCUUGCUAUCUCAAGGCACGGUAAUAUCGUUGUAGCAGACAGAGGACAUCAUAAAAUACAAGUAUUCUAA